AUGAGUGUACACCAACUGGUACGAGAUGCAGACCAACUUCGGACCAGAUUUUCACAAGCAAUGUCGGACAUGUACAAGAAAGAGGUCCCUCUUUACGCGGACCUGCUCUCCAUUGUUGGAGAGGUAGAUGACAAGGUGUCCAGGGAAAAGCUACCUUCCAGGCACGGCAUCGAAAGACACGGGGCGAUUCGAUUGGGGACUGCCCAAGAACUCAGAACAAUAGCCAGACUUUUUGCUCUUUUCAACAUGCAUCCAGUUGGGUAUUACGACCUCAGUGUCGUCGGAUUCCCAUUGCACGCGACGGCCUUCCGCCCGCUAACAAGCUCUGCGUUGGCCAACAACCCUUUUCGGGUCUUCACUAGCCUCCUGAGACUAGAUUUACUCCCACAAAGUACCCAGAUUUUGGUAGAGAAGACACUUUCUAGACGGAACAUAUUUUCAGAUCGACUUCUGGAACUGCUCAAGAAAGCCGAGUUUCACGGCCUAUUGGUAGACGACGAGGACGAGCUGCUCAUGGAGGCCAUGAAAGUUUUUCGAUGGCACUCAACCGCCACCGUUUCGCACGAAACAUAUACGGAGAUGAAUGCGGUACAUCCCAUGAUCGCAGACAUUGUCAGCUUCCCGAGCGCGCAUAUCAACCACCUGACCCCCCGGACUCUGGAUAUCGACAUGGUCCAAGAGAUUAUGAUACGAAGAGAUAUGCCUGCCAAAGAGAGAAUUGAGGGACCGCCGCGGCGGAACUGCGGCGUCCUGCUGAGGCAGACGAGUUUCAAAGCACUCGAAGAGCAAGUAUGGUUCAUUGAUAGUGGCGGUUACGCUAGGCACGGCUACCACACUGCACGGUUCGGUGAAGUCGAGCAGCGGGGGGCGGCAGUUACAGACAAAGGCCGCAGGCUCUACGACUCAUUGUUGGCCAAGACCAACGCCAUCGCCAAACAGAAGAAGGCCGAUGAAGAAGAAUAUCAGCAUAUUCUUCGUGACAUUUUUGCCGAGUAUCCGGACACUUGGCCGGAGCUUCAUAAGCAAGGACUCGUGUUCUUCGUAUAUCGGUUGACAGGAAAAAGGCCAUCCACAACAGAGGCUAAAGACAUGCAGAAACUGUCUGAUCUGUUGGAGGAAGGUAUUGUGGAGUACGAACCCAUUGUUUACGAGGACUUUCUGCCUAUCUCGGCAGCAGGCAUCUUCACUUCCAAUCUCAGGGGCUUCUCCAACAAGGAAAUUCAGAACUCCCAAGGCAAUCGCCAUCUGCUUGAAGAAAGUCUGGGAGCCAAAAUUCAAGAACCUACUAGCCUAUACGAGAAGAUGCAAGCAGAGAGCUUGGAGGAAUGCCGUAAAGAGUUGGGGCUGGCCCUUAUUCUGGUUGAAUAG